AUGAAAGGCUCUGAAGUCUACCGCAAUGGCCCCAGGGCAGCGGAGUAUCUGGCUAUCCCUGACAUGCAGAGAGUUUCAUGGCCAGCCCAGAACCAAGUCUCAGCCCUGCAGCCCCCUGCCCAGCCCUCAAGAACCCCGCAAGGCCAGCUCCUGAUGAGUAACAACAGCAAUCUCCGCAUGUUAGAGGACCAAGUCCUCUGUCCCAUUUGCCUGGAGGUGUUCUGCAACCCAGUCACCACUGCCUGUGGCCACAACUUCUGCAUGACCUACCUCCAAGGUUUCUAGGACCACCAGACUGCCAUGAGCGGGGCACUCUAUUGCCCCCAGUGCCGGGAAAGCUUCCCCUCCAGGCCAUACCUCUGCAAGAAUAUCAUCCUGGGGGAGAUGGUGGCCUGCUUCACCCAGGCCAAGGGCCGGGCCUCAGCACCCCUGGGGAACCUGGCAGGGCCCAGGGAUGUGCCCUGUGACUUCUGCUCCCCCCAGAAGCUCAAGUCUGUCGAGUCACACCUGCAGUGCAUGGCCUCCCUGUGCGAGAAGCACCUGUGCAGCCACUUCGAGGACCCGUUGAAGGGCCACCAGCUGCUGGAGCCCAUGUGGGAUCUCAGCCUGUGCCAGAAACACCACAAGCUGCGGCGGCUGUACUGUCGCACAGAAGGCUGCUGCGUGUGCAGGGCCUGUGUGCUGGAGGAGCAUAGGAACCACGACACCACCUCACUGGAGGAGGAGCAUGCCCGCAAGGAGAUGGAGGUUCGGAAGGUCCAGGCCAACGUGGAGAACCAGAUGCUGAUCAUUGCAACCGACAACCAGAAGCACUGGGGGCGGGUGGCCUUUCUCUCGAAACUGACCCAGAGGAUGCGAGAUGAGGUGAACACCUGCUUCUCGGAGAUCAUCUGGGAGGUCAAACAGCUGCAGACAAAGAUGUUAGAUUUCGUGGAGAAAGAGGAGGCAGCUGCCCUGGACAGCUCCCUCCAGCAGAACCACAGCCAGCUCCUGAAGCUGCAGGGGGACAAUGUCUGGCUCCACAGCCUGCUUGCCAACCAGAGCGACAAGCAGUUUCUGCAGGAGUUCCCCAGGGUGAAGCAUUUCCCAGCCUGCAUGGAACCCCUGAUGGGUACCAACUGUGAAGGGACCCAGAGCUUCCUCCAGCUGCCAGAGACCCUGGCCAAGCUCCGGACCCAGCUGGUGGGUGUGGGUCUCAGCUAUGUCAACCAGCUUCUCCUGAAGGGCAUUCAGAUGAGCUCCUAUGAGGUGUUGCCCCCAGCUGUGGACAGGAAAACACUCCUCAAGUGUUACUGCAACCUGAACUUGGACCCAGCCACGGCCAGCGAGGAGCUGUUCCCGUUCUAGGAGACCCACUCGGUGCUGAACCUGGGCGUCCUCCUGGAGCCAUCGGCCGCGGGCGGCCCCUUUCCGGGCUUCCAGCCGUGGCCGCGGGCGCUGUGCUGGGAGGCCGAAGGGUCCAAGUCGUGGGCGCGCCUGGGCGUCACCUACCGCCGCAACCCCCGCUCGCGCCGCGACAUCGCGCACCUGCUGGGCCGCAAGCCCUGCCCGUGGUGCCUGGAGUGGGACUCGCUCGGGUUCUCGGGGUGGCGCGACGACGUGCAGAUGGCGCUGCAUGGCGCGUCCCAGCGCGCGCCUGUCCUGCUACGGCGCGGCGGGCGGCGGGAACCUCCUCCGCCGCUUCCGGGCCUCGUCCCUCGAGCCGCUCUACCGCGCGGUCACGGUCAGGCAGCGCCCGGAGGCGUAGACAGCGACAAUAAAGCUGGAUUCAGCGCUGGCUGA